AUGGCUCUACAGGGCGAGGCCCAGCCAUCCAAAGAGCUCUAUCCCAUGAGCAACUGGAAAUACGACGUCUUCCUCUGGUGCAUGUCCAUUAUAAUCAACCUUUUUUUCCGAGAAGUCCACCCGAGGGGAUCGUGGUACGUUCCUAGGAACGGCCCGGUGCUGUUCAUCGCUGCGCCGCACGCCAAUCAGUUCGUCGACGCCCUCAUCCUGCAACGAACCCUCCGAAACGAAUCCCAACGACGAGUUUCCCUCCUCAUCGCCCAGAAGUCGGUCCAUGGCUUCAUUGGAUGGGGAUCACGCCAGGUCGGCUCCGUGCCCGUGGGCCGAGCCCAAGAUUCGGCAAAGGCCGCCAAAGGCACGAUAUACCUGCCCGAUCCCGUGAAGACCCCAUAUCUGAUCCGCGGCGUUGGUACAAACUUCGUGAAAGAGGCGGAGAAGGAUGGCAUGAUCUUUUUGCCUUCGGUUAAGGGAAUGUCAGGGUCGAGCGUCGGCAUCGCUGAGAUUGUUGGGCCUGAAGAAAUACGGACGAAGCGACCAUUCAAGGGCAGACUCCCUAUGCAACAGCUGACUGGGCGGGAUGACGUCGAAGCGGACGGCAAAUUUACCAACAAAGACAUUGCGGGGCCCAAGGAAGGAUACCCCGGAACCAAGUUCAAGCUUGCGCCCAACAUUGACCAAAGUCAGGUCUACCAGGCCGUUUUCGACCGCCUGAAGUCUGGUGGUUGUGUGGGUAUCUUCCCUGAGGGGGGUAGCCAUGAUCGGACCGAACUGUUACCCCUGAAAGCUGGUGUUGCCAUCAUGGCUUUGGGCGCACUUGAGCAGGACCCUAACUGCGGACUUACUAUUGUGCCAGUUGGCAUGAACUAUUUCCACCCUCACAAGUUCCGCUCUCGAGCUGUGAUUGAAUUCGGCUCUCCCUUCGAGGUACCCUCCGACCUUGUUACUAAAUAUCAGAACAACCAGCGCCGAGAUGCCAUUGCGGAGCUGCUUGAGAUGUGCACCAACUCUCUGAACUCCGUGACGGUGACGGCACCUGAUUACGAUACUCUCAUGGCUAUCCAAGCAGCCAGGCGCCUUUACAUGACUGGAAAGAAGCUACCGCUGACCCACGUGGUCGAGUUGAACCGGAAACUGUCCAAAGGAUUCUCCAAGUUCAAGGAUAACGAAUUGGUGAUUGACGUAUUGGAUAGCCUCAAGGAGUACAACAAGCAGUUACGCUACCUGAACAUCAAAGACCACCAGGUCGAGAACGCUAAGAGGUCUAUCCCCAAGGUCGUCUUUCUUCUCCUCUAUCGGCUGGCGAAGUUGGUGGUCCUAUCCAUCGGGGUGAUCCCAGGGCUCGUUCUCUUCGCGCCAGUAUUCAUCGUCUCUAAGAUCAUCAGCAUUCGGAAAGCAAAGACUGCGCUUGCGGGUUCCUCUGUCAAGAUUGCAGGGCGUGAUGUCAUGGCCACGUGGAAACUUCUGGUUGCCAUGGGAUUUGCUCCUAUCCUGUAUCACUUUUACACCAUUGUUCUGGCAUGGACGCGAGCUUUCGGACAGGCCCCAGAUUGGCUUCCAUGGUGGGUCGUUGUCCUCUGUGGCUGGAUCAUCUUCCCAGCCAUCACCUAUGCUGCUCUUCGCUUCGGGGAGAUCGGUAUGGACAUUGCGAAGUCUCUACGCCCCUUGGUGCUAUGUCUGAGCCCUACAUCCAGCUACAACAUCCAACAAUUGCGACAGCGACGAGCGGAACUCGCCGACAGGGUCACGGAAGUGAUUAACGAACUUGGUCCUGACAUGUACGACGAUUUCGAGAAGUCGCGCUUGAUCAAGGACCCUACCUUCCCAGGUGGCAACACCAUUACGCCCGGCAGCCCCACGCGCGACAGCGAGCCGGGCUCUCCUGGGGAAUACCCACCUUUGUUCCCUCGCAGAAACAGGACGGCGGCGAGUAGAGCCAUACCACGUAACGAGUCGUUCUCUAACAUCGGCGCCGUUGGUAUCUUCUCCACGCGCCCGCCAUCUCGGUCCCGAAGCCGCAGCCGCAGCCGAAGUAGCAGCAGCGGCGGUGGCUUUGGGUCUGGUUCUUUCCCUAUCAGUGGAUUUACGACGCUGGAUUCCAAGGAGGGCUUCGACGAGGCUAGCAGUAGGAUCCGGGAAGCUAUGCUGGAGCGGGGUCAGAUGCGUAGACGCAAGAGUGGGAUUUUCGAUGAAGAGGAGGAUUAG